GCAGGCGGCGCCGGCGGAACAGCAAGUGCCGGUGACACUGCCGGAGCAGCACCUCGUGCAGGAGCAGCAGGCCACUGGCAGCGUCAGGAACAGCCUCAGCUCGGUGAACAGCAUUCAGUUUCCGCAGCGCCAGCGCCGAAGCAGCGCGCGUGCGCCGGCCCAUAUGCCCUGGGGCCACGGGUCGCAGAGUUUGGCGACACAAAACUUCCAAGACGACGACGAGCUCCCGCCUAGCUCUGUGGCUAUGGCCAGCGCCAGCGCUGAGCCGGAUCCGGACGUGUGCCAGGAGACGGCCCGCUGACAUUGAGCACCCGGGUGGAGUACUCAGCCAUGCCCAAGGACGCCGUGCAGAGGGUCUUUGGCUUGGUCACUGUGCAGGCAGGUGCCGCCGCCGGUGCCGCCGCCGCCACCAGCGAGCGCAAGCCCAUGGAUAUUGUGUGCGUGCUCGACGUCUCGGGCUCCAUGGGCAGCCAGAACAAGAUUGAGGAUCUGAGAAGGCGGCGGUGCGCUUCAUCGUGGGGGAGGCCUUGCCGAAAGAUCGCCUCAGCCUGGUGACCUUCAACUCCAGCGCAGAGCGCCAGCUGCGGCUGCGGCGCAUGGACCGGGAGGGCCAAGACGAGGCCACCGUGGCCACCCUGCGGAUGCGCGCAGGAGGGGGCACCCGCAUCGCACAUGGCCUGGACCUCGGCUUGCAGGUGCUCGAGCAGAGGCGUCAGCGCAACAAAGUGUCCGCCAUUCUUCUGCUGACAGAUGGCCAGGACGGCAGCUGCCGCAGCCAGCUGCCGCAACUGCUGCAGCGUGCGGGGAAGUUGGGCUGCGGGAUCUAUGCCUUUGGCUUUGGCAGGGAUCACGACUCGGAGCUGCUGCGUGAGAUCGGGGAGCAGGCGCGCACUCCUUUUACCUACGUGGAGGAGACUGCCCUGGUGCGGGAGGCCUUCGCGGGAGUGGUGGGGGGCCUGAGCAGCGUGGUGGCGCAGCAGGUGCAGCUCAGCCUGCGGUGCCAGGUGCAACUCAAGGAGGUGAACACGCCUUUCCAAGUGCAGCGGGAGGGGGAGUCCGUUGCCACCGUCACCAUCCCGGAUAUCUUCGCGGAAGAGCGCCGCGACAUCCUCGUUGAACUGUCGGUGCCUUCUGGCGCAGGCCCGGCCAGUGGCAGCUUCGCACUGCUCGAGGCCUCUGCGCGCUACGUGGCGGUGGGCGAGCAGGAGGUUCUGAUGCAGACGCCUGCAGUGACCAUGACGGUGGAUCGGGUGGAUGAGCCUCAGACGCCUGAGCAAGAGCCGGACGCGGAGGUUGCAGACCAGCGCGAACGCUGGGAGGUGACCAGAGUCUUGGAGGAAGCUUCAAAGCAAUCGGACGAGGGACACUUCGAGGCGGCUCAGCAGCUGCUUCGCAACAAGCGGCAGGCGCUGCCCAAGAACCGGCCCGUCACCGAGGCCUUGAGCCUGGAGCUGGAGGACGCAGAGCAGCGCAUGGCCAACACGAUGACUUGGAGCACCGGGGCACAUGAGGUGAAGGAUGCCACGGUGAUGCACCAGAUGCAGCGAUGUACCAACAUGUUCGACAACAAGUCCGGGAUCGCGAAGAAGUCCAAAGGUUUGUACGCCCGCACCACCCAGCGGGAGUGGAUCUCCAAAACCGCGCCCUCGGGCGCCGCCUCUUCCUCGGCGCCCUAGUGCGGAGCGACCAGCGGAUGCCAGCGGGAUGUGUGAAACCAGGGGAAUGGAUGUCCAUCAGGUGCUGGAGCAGCGUUCCACUGGUUUGGUUGGGUCAAAUGGGGGUCUACGUUGC